AUGGCACCAAUACGUACUUUGUAUAGUGAAUCUACUGAUGCCAAAAAUUUUCAAGGACGUGGAUAUAAAUUAGAUAGUAGAGAACGUGAACUUGAAUCUCAAUGCAAUGAGUUGCUUCUUGAAACCGAAUUUUUCGCUAAUAAAUGUUCCGAAUUUAGAAAUGCUAAAGCUCUUGCAGAAGCGCGAUCUGAU